AUGCCCCUCCUCUCCGUCGAUCUCACCCUCUUUCCUGUCCCUCCCAUGUACCCCUCCUCUCUCGUGCAUGCCCUGCUUCCCCCCUCCCUCCGCCCUGCUUCCCCCCUCCCUCCGCCCUGCUUCCCCCCUCCCUAUGCCCUGCUUCCCCCCUCCCUAUGCCCUGCUUCCCCGCUCCCUAAGCCCUGCUUCAGGCACUUUUGGCGCGCUAUACAGGUGUAUCAUUACGGCGGUUUCCAUCUGGUCAACGGGGGGGACACGCUCCGGAGCCAGUUCCGUCUAUGUUAUUCCUUACUCCCUCUCAUCCACUACCUUCCACUCCCCUACACUCCCCUCCACUCCCCUCCACUCCCCUCUACCCCCCUUCACUCCCCUCCACUCCCCUCCACUCCCCUCCACUCCCCUCCACUCCCCUCCACUCCCCUUCACUCCCCUCCACUCCCAUCCACUCCCCUCCACCAGGCACCUUGGCGCGGUGGGCAGGUGGGCAGCAAGGAGGGGGUUAGCGAUUGGGACAAGCCGAGGAGCCAGAUUGUGAGGAACCUGAUGCAGGAGACUGCAUGGAAAUCCGUGACUGGAACGUUGCACACCCGGCGCAGAAAAGACGGGCGUGUGAGGUAUGGGGAUUUGAUAAAGGUGAUAUUUUCCCACAUGCCAGGUCUCUCCUCUCCCUGCCCAUGUGCCCCUCCCCGACCCUGCUUUCCUUCUUCUUUGCCUCUUCCCCAUCCUGCUCCUGCUCCCCCCUUCCCACAUCCUCCCUGCCAGGAGGACGACCUAGAAGCAUCGCAUCAGGAAACUGACAGCAAGUCUACUGCCCUGUGUCCACCCCAACACACAAGCCUGUCAGUGCUACUGGAGCUGUAUCUUUGGUCGCCUUUCACCGCAGAGAAGUACGUGUUGCCGCUGCCACUGCCGCAGCGCACAGCACAUCGACAGGGUGGGGCUGUUGCUGUUGGGGCUGUUGGUAGUACAGUCAAAGGAGCAGCUAGUGGUCUCACCUACAGUAUUAAUGUCACGCUGGCUUCACCACCCUGCACCAAGGCAGCACGGCCGUGGCGAGGGGGAAAGGGAGGUGGGGAUGGACACGAGGAUAGGGGAGUGGUGAUGGACACAGUGGAAAGGGAAGUGGGGAUGAACAGGGGGAAGGGAAGUGGGGAUGGACAGGGGGAAGGGGGAGUGGUGAUGGACAGGGGGAAAGGGAAGUGGGGAUGGACAGGGGGAAAGGGAAGUGGGGAUGGACAGGGGGAAAGGGAUGUGGGGAUAGACAGGGGGAAAGGGAUGUGGGGAUGGACAGGGGUUUAG